AUGCAAGAUGGUCUCAUUUCCCGCGCGGGAGCAACUAUCUACAAUGAGACCUACGCAGGAAAAGGGCCCACCAACUAUGACCCGAUGGACGGCACGAGUCAAUACUCGCCAGCGAAAUCCUGCGCCCAGCUGUCCCGACCAUCUCCUUCGCCCGCACACACACCAAACGGUGAUUUCAAACUCUGCGGAUAUGAAGGUACGAUGAACUCCUGCGGUCCGCUGGGCGAUGAAUGUGUACCGAUAACCACCGGUAACCCACUUGGUGCAGGUACCGGUAAGGCAGACAUCUUCGGUGUACUGGAAUUUUGGUUAAGAUUGCGAUACGACCUGACGACCGUACCGUGGGAACAGUGGAAAACGGUCCAGCUGAAGAACCCACGUGCGGCUCCCGGCUGUGCGUACAUUCCGACAAAGGUUGAACAUAUUGCUAACAUAAUCACACACGGGACCUGGGUGUUACCUUCGAUGUAUGCUGGAUUACAGCUUUACGAUCGGAGCCACACGUCAGCGCAAACGUUGGCCGCCGUCAUUUACGGUGCCGCACUAUCCAUGCUGUUUUUCGUGUCGACCUGCUUCCACUGUGUCUGCUACUGCAAUCACAAUCGCCCACUGAAGGAUGCGCUGCAUCGAUGCGAUCGUGCCAUGAUUUACAUCUUCAUUGCCGGUUCGUAUUAUCCGUGGCUUAGUCUAGGCCACACGACCCACCCACAAAUCGUUUCGGUGGUAAAGUGGAGUGUUUGGGUUAUGGCGGUGCUGGGCAUUGUCUAUCAACAGAUGUACCACGAACGGUACAAGUGCUUGGAAACGUUCUUUUACGUUGUAAUCGGACUCGGACCGUCGGUUGUGAUUGUUCUCUGGGGCCACGAAUUUACCGGAAUGUCCGAGCUAAAGUUUGGUGGCAUACUGUACAUUGUAGGUAUCGUGUUCUUUAAAUCGGACGGACUUUUUCCGUUCGCCCAUGCUAUCUGGCAUCUGUUCGUGGUUUUCGCUGCAUACGUGCAUUACUUUGCUAUCAUGACACACUUGUUCCCGGACUCAAGCGCCAUCGUUAUGCCUGUGGUUGAUUCCGUGGCUGGUUAA